CUUUUUCUUAUUUCUCAACUUGUUUGUUUGUUUUUUCUUUCUCUUUUUUGCUAUUUUAUCUAUAUAUAAAUACGAAUAACAAAUAACAGAAGAAUGAAGAUAUUAGAACUACCAAAUGAAAUACUUCAAUUGAUUUCAGAUUAUCUACCAAAAAACAGUAUGACAAGACUGUGUCUUACGUGCAUAAAAGGAUAUCAAUCAUUUCUACCCAUUUUGUAUCGACAUAUUGAACUAGGCCAUCGUACUCAAAUAAAGCAGCUGGAAAAAGGUCUUUUGAGGAAUGCAUAUCUGAAAGAAACAGUCAAGACACAUACUCAAAUUCUUACACUCAAAUGUCGACAAGGUGGAAAUAGUCACUGGCUGGUUAUUUCGCUAUUUGAACAAUUACCCAAUGUGAAGCGACUCUACUUUUGUGAUUUCCUUGCAUUAUCCAUCACAAAAGUCCGACAAGUGCUGUGUCUGUUACCUCGCUUAAGCUGUCUUUAUUUUCAGUAUUGUGAUUUAACGACGACAACAACAGCAACAACAAUGAUCGACUCGUAUAGAAAUUUGCCGAAUUUAAAGGAACUCACUUUAUUAUGGACUGACUUUUCAACAGAAGCCAUUGAGCAGCUGUUGAGCUUUACUCCCCACUUGAACCACAUUGUUUUAGGGGCAAACCAUAACCGGAGACCAUCUGCCAAUAAUUCAGCACUCCAUAUGUUGGCUGCAAAGUGCCCUGACAUUCACAGUCUAUCUAUUUCACUACAACAAAUCAAGGAAGACUCUCUUUGUCGUGUUAUUCAGUUGUAUGGACCACAAUUAGAGUAUCUCUCGAUACGAUGUGAGGGAAGUAAUACCUUGAUGUCUAUAUCCCAACAUACAAAACGAUUGAAGCACUUGGUCAUUCGAUGCAGUAAUUAUACUGGUUAUAAUAGUGUGAUGAAUGUAUUGCAACACUGCCGAUCGUUGACUCAUUUAGAAAUGGUAAGCUGGCCAUUGCAUGAUGUACCUAGUGUUGUUUUGGAACAAAUUCGAGUUCGAGACAAAGGUACUGCAACACAAGCAUCGACUAUUUCAUUUCUAGAGGGCAUUAAGAGAACAGUGGCACUAGAUAGACAAGACUUGCAAGAAAUUCGUCGUUUAUGUCUUUAUUAACAUCCAUAUUGCCCAUUUUAUUAUUAUCUUGCAUUACUGCCAACAUGCUUACAAUACCAUUUACACUUCUUUAUUAAUAAAUAAAUUUCUUCUUUUUUUUAAUUUUGACAA